UUGUCAGCGGCCUACCGGAACACCUGUUGUCCGCAUGAUUUUUACUUUUCACUCGCCCUUUUCUCUUCCGCAAUACAAUCAGAUUGCCAGCUACGGACUCACCUUUUAUCACUAACUGCAGCCGAAAUUUUGCAAACACUUCAACAUUUUCCUAUUUUUUUCUUCGUCUGCUCUCCGAAACUCACAAAACUCUUCGUCAUUUGGUCGUUUGCAAUUUUCCCCUAUUUCAGGGCUCAGUCCACUUGGAAAACUGCUUCUAUCCUUCAGGGCGAGCUUUAACUGCCAUUCCGAAUAAUCAAAUCCACCAUUCGUGUAUUCGCUGCUUCACCCAUUCGUUUGAAACUUCAUUGAAAUUCAUUCGAAAUUCAUUCAGCCAAUCGACGAGUAGAAAACACACUGCUCACACGAAUCGAAAUUUUUCGAUAUUUUUCUCAGCAAGAUUCACGAAAAAUAUGAGACGAAUCGUGUGUUGAAUGGGCAUCGUGGCAAAUGGCCGAAAAAGCGAAUGAAGACGAGCAAAAGGAUCCGAAGGGGAGAGCGUAAGCCUGAAGGGCCUGACGAGGGAUCGAAUCAGUCGCUGGCCAAAAGGGCUACCAUUUCGUAACCGUUCGGAUGCAAAGAGGGAACGAUUGAAGUGAGAGAGACUCGACUUUUCUGCCUACUCUCUAUACGCCGAUUAAACUCUAUUGCGAAUGGCGCUCAAUUAAAUCGAGAUAGAGGCGAUCUAGUCGUUCUUUUCUGCUUGUUCGCUCAAUCGCAACUAUUACAAGCAUACAUACGAAGCAGCCUACAUACAAACUGUGUCAAAAUUAGGCGUGUUUGCCGGGUCGUCGAACAGUUGAAAAUGGCGUCUUUCGAAACAAUAUUCAAAUAACGAAGACCCAAAAUAUUGCUGUAUUUUCUCGUUUUACAAGGAGAAGAGCUUUCUUGUACUUUGAUAUUAAUGACGAAGGAUUUAAAAUCUGAUGAUUUUGAGACCGAUUUAUUUUAAAAUCUAUUACUCAAGUUCUCUCGACAAUUCCAAUGACAUUUAUUCAUCGUUUAUCGGCCCCCAACAGAUGUUCCAAUAUAACGAACAACCGUCGACAGUCAAAGUUUAAAAGUGCAAAAGAAACGGACCAAAGUUCAGGCCAAAUCGAAACACAGAGAAUCUCGCUUUUCAUCACCCAAUGAGCGAAUGAAUAAAUAACAGUGCGCGUAUGUGCGGAGGUGUAAAAUGUUGCCACCAAUACUGAACAAUAUCAAUGGGGGAAUUCUCUCGUUGUACACGAACUCGAACAACGGAGGGAGAACUCCGACUUCGACACGUGCUGUGAGAGGUCGUUACGCUGAAAUCGGCGUCAGGAGAAACGAUGUCUUCCUGGAGCCGUACCUCCAGCAACACGGAACCGUUCAGGUCGUCAGCUCGCCGAGCACACCACCGCCGAACCCACUUCAGCAUCAGCUUACGCACCUACAUCAUGUACAGAGCGAAGAAUCGCUGUCGUCCGAGGGUUCAGCGACAUCGGCAGGGACUUCCGGUUCUUCGGAAGACUCUGGGAGCGAAGUUGCAUGUGACAUAACCCUGAUCGAACGGCUCAUUCGUUCGCAUCCCAUUUGGUUUCUUCCAGGGAUUCAAAGAGCCGGAGCUUUUCACUUGUUGCAAGGCAAAGAAGAAGGGAAUUUUGUUGUUCGACAAUCCAGUCAGAGCGACACGAUGGCAUUGUCGGUCAGAUUGCCAUCGGGCAAAGGGCCUUACAUCGAGCACUACCUCAUUCAAGCAAAUAAAGGAAAAUUGAGCCUCGAAACGAGCGAAAAUCGUUUUGAUAAUAUUCCUUCCCUCAUCGCACACUACUCGCAGUGCUGCAGCGACGAGUUACCGGUGCAACUUACACUGCCAAGGGCGAUGAGGGAUGCUAAAAACAGACAGCAGCUCUCCUCGCUCGCGCUUUUGGGUCAGGAAUUUUGGAGGUAUCCAAUGGCUAAUCCAAAACCCCCGGAAAGUAGCAGCAGCAACACAUCGAGCCUUAGCAGCUUUCACGGAGGCAAUAAUAAUAAUGCAUGCACGCCAACGACUGAGAGCAUAGUGCUCAACUUGGCACCGAUAUCUUACAGCGAUACAGCAAAUUCUUCGCCAACGAAUACGAUAACAACAACUGCCACAUUCGCCUCAUCACUGCCAAGACAGCCAAGGCCAACGCCUCCGAAUACAUUGAAUCUCACGACGUUCAACGAGCCUAUGGACGCGAAGAAAGAACGUCUCGAUAAAAUAUCACCGUGUGAAAAACUGUCGCAACAAUUGAUCUCGCCAAACCUCGUACAGAGCGUACGUUGCCCAUCGCCGAUCGUUCACAACGUCGAGAGCAACGUUCUCAGCCCUACGGAAUCCCGAACGAAUUUCGACAGCACGAAACAUUCGAACGAGAGUACAAAAAGCGAAUUCUCACGUAGCAAUAAAUUCACAAUGUGCACAUCGACCUCCUCGAAUUUUCACCAAAAUAUCUCCAACUUCAACAAUUUGUCGAACUCCAAUUCACCGUUGUUACCCGAUGUCAGGAACGCCAUCGUGGAUAACAACUCGUUGACACAGAACGUCAAAACUCCUCCACCGCCCCCACCCAGAUGGGCCAAACCGGGAGUCUCUCAGAGCCAAAAUAAUUUCACGGUCACCACGACCGUUACCUUCAACGUCAAUCAAACCAAUGACGUAAUCACUUCACAGCAAAACACUCCAUCGGAUCCGAGCACGUCUCUGUUGAGUCCGCAGAGCGCGAGCUCCAACAAGUCUCUAACGUCGAAUCUCUCGUCGUCAAAGUCAGGCCUGUCGUCGACAACGCCGGUGCUCUCACCCACGUCGAAGCUAGUCUCGAGCAUCGGUACGAAAACACCAAACGUUUUAUCUCCAACGACACCCUCGGGUACGAGCAAAUCCAAGAGACGGAGAGAUCGCGAAGCGAGAAAAAAUUCUCAGCAUUAUCAAGAAUCGGAUAUUUUGGAGUCUUAUUAUCGAAGCUCGCCCGGCGACAAGGUCUCCGAUUACGAGGACAUAUGGAACACGACCGAUCGAUCGAACCACUCGACGUGGUCACCCAACGACAAACUCAAACGCAACGAAACCCCAAACACCAGUCAGGAACGCACGAAAAAUUCCAACGAUCGACUCGUACCCAUCGAACGAAUCGUCAGCCCUUCCGAUCGUUCUCCAAACGAAAGACUCCUCGAAAACGAACAAUUCAUCGCCAGAACCGAUCGACUCGUACUCAGAAACGAUAAGACCAAUGGGAAUGAAAAACUCAGCUACAAGGAAGUCACCAGUCCAGAGUUCACCAGCUUCAAACCUAUCCUCGAUCACAAAAGCCCCGAGUCUGGGUCGCCUGAAGAAACCGGCAUGGGAAAACGACCUGAUCUGCUAUCACGAGUUUGCAGCGCCAAUUCUCUGAACAGUCCGAACACAAUGACACCACCGAAAAACAAGCUUGGCUUGAUUCUGACACAGUCGGAGACCAACAGCCCAAUGACACCGGAAUCGAAGCAAGGCAGUCCGUUUUAUGCAGAGCCAGCGGACGCCAUCGCUCAAAGCGUCGCGAUGGUACCGCGUAGAAGAAACAAGAAUAAUCCAAUGACCAACAAAUUUCGUCAUAGCGAGCCAGGAUGGUUUCAAACGCCGGUCGGUCAUCAGGCAAACCAAUUGCAUCCGAUCGACUGGGACGAAUCCGAAGAGACGGAGGACAAAACUCCCCUCAUUUCCUCGUCCGUUGAUAAUCUUGCUAAACGCCUUAGCACGAGAGAAAUCAAAAAAAUACCACGUGCCAAACCUGUUCAACCACCAAAAAUCAGAAACAAAAUUUUCAACGACACUUCCUGGGCGGUCGACUCGAGCUGGGAAUUUAUCGGAAACGAAGGAGACGAUGGUGAAGCGGACUACGACUGCGAUGCCGAUUACGAGGGCGAUCCGGUGACCCGAAAAUUUCCGGAUGACGAGUGCGAGCGCGACGUAGUUGGCAACACGCUCACCGUACAGAGUAUAAUAUUACAAAGGUAUCCGGAAUUACUCAAAUCACCGGACACCACCGAGUCAUUGUAUAGCGAUAGAAAUUCGUCGUACGACAACGUUGAGAGACGAAUGGAGAGAAAUCAAACACCUGAAUCCCGAAACGAACGUACCGACGAUCCUUCCGAAUGGGAAACGAUGCUUGACACCGAUGAAAGUGACGUCGAAAGGAUCAAGAGAAACACAAGUUUCAAGGAACGCCUGGAUCCACUUCUUUCACCUCCAAGACUGCAGGCCUUGAGGAAUAGAGACGCGGCUGGAACUGGGUCAACCAUAAGGUCGUACGCCCUGCAAUUAGCGGCGGACAAAACAACCACUUUCUCCCAGAAUAUUGAGAAUUUUAUCCAAUGUACAAAAGAGGGCAAGGAGGCGAGUCCUCACAUCGUCAUGAGGAACAUACGCCAAUUCAUGUCCGGCAUGAAAAAUUAUCUUGUCAAACACGGCGAGCGUGAAUUCGAGAAGGAAGUCGAGAAGGAACGACUCAAAUUGAAGGCCAACGAAUUCUUGAAUCUCGACGCGAUACUCGAGGGCGUUAUGAUGGGACUCGUCGUUCGACCACUCAGGGAACACGUGUACAGACUUUUUGUUGAUCAUUACGGUAGCACGGGAUCGCUUCAAACACUCGCCGAAAGCAUACAGUACGCUCAGGGAAAACACAUCCAAGAUUUAGGAGUAAGGCCGAAAAUCAUACCACCAUCCGACGCGAGCCUUGAAAAGAUCCUGAGGUACAUCGACCGUUUGCAAAAGUCUGACUCUCCAUUGGAAAAACUGGAGAAUCUACUGGCUGCGAUUUCCGCGAUAUUUAACUCGGUGAAGCACGCCAACUCCGGAAGACACGUGACCUUGGGAGCCGAUGAUCUUUUACCUUUGCUCGUGUGGGUAUUGGUACGAGGAAAGGUGGUCGAUGCCGAAGUCGAGGCUGAAUAUAUGUGGGGCCUUCUCCAUCCUUCCCUCUUAACUGGCGAGGGUGGAUAUUAUCUGACAACUUUGUCCAGCGCUGUGCACGUACUCAAAACCUUUAAAUCGAGCCAAGGAACCAUGUCUACUUUGAACGGAUGUGGAACUCCCGACUGCUCUUCGGUGUUAAGAAUUUUGGUACCGGACGAACUUCAUGGCUCGCUAAACACACGAACACUUCCGAUACGACCGAACAUGAAUACGCGAGAUGUUUGUCGAAUUCUUGCCCACAAAAUAAGAUGCACGAAUCCUCAGGACUACGGGCUGUUCAAACUGGUGCAAGGCGAGGAAACUCUACUCGGUGAUCAGGAAUGCCCACAGGAAAUCUCUCACUGCCUAUUCGCUUAUAAACGGAUCGACGCGAAAAUCGCAUGGCCGAGAACAACUAUCAGCUCAUGAAGAAAGAACCACCAGUUAAAAAAUCGACGCCGCUAAUCCACAAACGUGAUCUAGAAAUAGGAUUAUAAGCUACUGUUAAUCUGGGUUGGUCGGCACGAAGCGACUCGUGAUCGUGAGCGAGUCAUUACAUAGCUUCAUUCUGUAUUCUUUGACUUCCGAAAAAACAAAAGGAUUUUCAAUUACCUUGAAACUCUUGGCACAUGAAUCAUUGAGUUUUGUAGAUAUUUCAAAGGAUCAUAGCGGAAAGACGUUCGAUCGUUUUCUUUUUUUCCUCGGAAAAAAAUGUUCCUCGAUCUCCGAUAAUCGUACCCAAUUAUAUAUGAAUGUUUUGUGUAAGAGGAAGAAUAAUGAAAAAAAGAAACGAGAAAAAAUCUGGAUAAUCUAGUGGAUAUUCAAAAUUGUAUGUCCUUUUGCAUGAGGUACGUGUAUUGUAUUCUCGCAUUUAAGUAUUAAUCAGUUCGAUGGGCUUUCGCCGAAUGGCUAAGAGAUUCGCCGUCGCCUCCCUCCUCCCCCUUGACCAAACAUAUACAUACAACUUUGUCACAGGCUAUUACCGAUUCUUGUGUGCAACGAGUUUAGCGACUGGACGUGUUUAUCCACGAUAUCGAUACUUUUUACAAUCGAUAACAAGGCUGUUUCGAAUGCUCCAUUCACGAUAUACAGCUCCUCAUUCGUCCCCCUUCUCCUUCUUCAAAUUCUUUUAUUUUGCCGAGAUCUAAUUAGGUGAAUUGUUUUUACAACAAUUCAUUGACGAAUUUUCUGACUCACAACGUGCUCUUGCCAUUGAUAAAAGCGUAAAUCGUUGAUUGAUGUAUGUCGAUUUUUAAAGCUGUUCUCUUUAAGGAUAGGCAAAUUCGAGAAGGUUUCGAAUUUUAGUUGAAAUUAACAAAUCUCGUCGACAACAAUCUCUCUUCCCAAAAUCCAAUAUUUUGGAUUCUACUUUUUAUACAAGCUUGAAGUUGCUAAGCCCGAGAUACGAAGAAAAAUGAAGAACUUGGGAAAUUUUUGAAAGAAAGAUUUUGAAGAAUUCGUGUGAACAAAUAUAUAUUGACAGAUGAAAUAAUUUUUCAAAAUAAAACUCGAUGAAAAACUCGAUCUUGAAUGUUGUACGCUGCGACAACGUCGACUAAGACCAUAUGUUUAUUCAGUAUUCAAUCAUUUAUAUAAAAAAUGUAGUUCGUCUGAGAAAUGGAAUAAGAUUUGAAUUGUAAAACAAUCGCGUACGAGCGAAACGUAUGGAAAUGGAAAAAAAAAACCAGAACAUAGAUUGGCAGAAGGGAAGAAAUAAAAAAAAAAAACAAUCAUUUGGAAAAAUGCAAUAAUAUUGAGCGAUAGAAACUACGAAACAAGUGAAAAAAAAAACCCAAAAACAAACGAUAAGAAGCAAAAGUAUAAUGUACGUCAUCGUAUAAUCACGUAUAAAUCCUCUUGAUACAAAUUUUAGAAUAGAACACGAAAGCCUAGACUAGACACUCUAUUUUAAGUACUUUUUAUGACAAUGAGGAAUAAAGAGAAGAAAAAAUCUAUCUCAUAA